AUGGACGGUUUAACCGUCAAAGUUUACAACGGCGUAAAAUGCUACUGGCGGGCAAGAGGCUACCACCGCCUCACCACCACCACCGGCGGUCACGAACAACAGCCACGGCGGACACCGCGGCGUGUGUGGCGGAUUAGGUUAAACCGGCGGCUGAAACUGAAGCUUCCGAGGUCUCCAAAAAAGAUCUUUGUUGGAUUACGCGAUGCUUACGUCAACAUGAUGAUGAAACUGGCGAAUACAUCGGUGGUUCGAGGAAGAACGGUGAGUGGGUAUAAUGGUGAUGCGUUUGGGAAGAUUAAUAUGGUUAAGGAGUAUGAUGAGAAGAUUAUUAUUGAGAUUUGUAAGAGUCUUGCGGUUAGGGAGAAUAAUCAGCAUCAGAUUUCGUCUCAGAUUGCUUGUUCUAGUUGA